CCACCUCCCUUCCCUGCCUCCUUCCCCUCCUUUCACUCCCCUCUUUACAGCUCAAACCCCCCACCUUCCAAUUCCUAAAACGCUAAUCAUCAUCGCUCUUGGUUAAUUUUGAAUUUAAUUUGUGACUUUAAAAUCCCAAAUGGGUUGUACCGUCAGAGAUAAACACAUCAGAACAAAUCGGCGGGCUCGAUCGGUAAAGCCCGAGACCGAUCAUCAUAGUACUAACGCUCCCACCAACACCCCUAACAGCUCCACCAUCAACCACAUGGCAAUUUCGAAAUCUAUAAUGGAAACUGGAUUGAGGCCCUUAAAUUAUCAAAUGGGUACAAGUGAUUCGGUGCAGAAUCCGAACCUGAGUACGGGCCCGAACUCUGUUUUCGAUGAUAGUGGGUGGGGCUACUGUACUGAGGAGCAGUUAGAGGAGAUUUUGUUGAAAAAUUUGGAGUUUUUGUAUAAUGAGGCAAUUUCCAAGCUCGUGGCGUUGGGUUAUGAUGAGGAAGUGGCUUUGAAGGCUAUAUUGAGGAAUGGGCAUUGUUAUGGUGGAAUGGAUGUGUUGACUAAUAUAUUGCAUAAUUCUUUGGCUUAUUUAAAUAGCGGUUGUUGUCUGAGUAAUGGGAAUUCUGAGGAAUCUGAGGCUGUUUUUGGGGAUUUGAGGCAGUUGGAGGAGUAUUCUCUCGCGGGCAUGGUGUGUUUGUUGCAACAAAUCAAGCCACAUUUGAGUCGAGGUGAUGCAAUGUGGUGUUUGCUCAUGAGUGAUCUUCAUGUGGGCCGUGCGAGUGUGAUGGAAAUUCCUGUCCUUCCUUCGCCUAAUGGAAAUGGUGCAUGUGCUAGUAGUUCAGUAAAUAGUGGAAAUGUUGAGGCGGUUGGUAAUGGUCCGGUUGGGGUUGCUCCUGCUUUAUGUAGGUUUCAUAGUGGCUGGGGUUUUGGAAAUGGGGGAACUUCUGAGUUUCCGAUGAAUGGCUUUUUCUCCUAUGCAUCUGAAAUGGCUUUGCAGAAGGAGAUUGAGUGUCCAAAGAGGUUCAAUCUUACUCCUUCCAUGAAGACUUUGUUAAAGAGAAAUGUGGCUAUGUUUGCUGCAGGAUUCAGAGCAAAUGCGAGACAGUUUCAGAGUCAGUUGCAGACUUCCCCAAGCUCUGCGUCCAGUGGGGAUUCUUCAGUUGCAAAUGGAACUAAGGCCGAAAGUGCUCCAGUAGGGCAGAAUGAGGAAAAUGUCAAGAAUCAAGACGUUGUUAACUCGGUGUUGAAUAAAUUUCGCGACUUGAACCUUGAUGAGAAUAUUGAGCGGGUGCCAAUGGAUCAGAAAGAUGAAAUGAUCCUAAGUUUGAUCCAUCAGAUUAAGACUCUUGAGGAACAGGUUAAGGAGCGGAAGGAGUGGGCCCACCAGAAGGCAAUGCAAGCUGCGAGAAAGCUCAGCCAUGAUUUAACUGAGCUAAAGAUGUUGAGGAUGGAAAGGGAAGAGACUCAGCGGUUGAAGAAGGGGAAGCAGAAUCUCGAAGAUACUACAAUGAAGAGGCUUACAGAAAUGGAGAAUUCUUUGAGGAAGGCAAGUGGUCAGGUUGACCGUGCAAAUGCUGCAGUCAGAAAGCUUGAGACUGAGAAUGCAGAAAUUAGAGCAGAGAUGGAGGCUUCUAAGUUAAGUGCAUCAGAGUCGGUCACAAGUUGUUUGGAGGCCGCAAAGAGGGAGAAAAAAUGCCUGAAGAGGCUGUUGGCUUGGGAAAAACAGAAAGCUAAGCUGCAGGAGGAUAUUGCAGCAGAGAAACAGAAGGUUUCGGAUAUAAAACAACAGUUAACUCAAGUUGAGACGGCUCAGAAUGAGGCUGAGGCAAAAUGGAGGCAAGAACAAAAUGAUAAAGAAGUAGCCCUGGCUCAAGUAGAGGAUGAACGCCGCCUUAAGGAAGCUACUGAGGCUAAUAGCAAAAGAAGGCUAGAAGCUUUGCGCCUGAAAUCAGAAAUAGAUUUCCAGCGCCACAAGGAUGAUCUUCAGCGACUGGAGCAAGAACUUGCACGCCUGAAAGCGUCGCAACGAAGUAAUGAGCUGCAACAUCCGUCUACCGAUGAAUUAACCGGAAACUCUGAGGUAACAAAGCCUCAAGCAGAAGGCAUUGUAAGGCUGCUUCAUGAAUUUGAUAAUUUGGACAAUGCAUCGGAGAAGGAAACCAAUUAUAAUAGGGAAUGCGUGGUUUGCAUGAAGGAUGAAGUUUCUGUAGUUUUUCUUCCUUGUGCUCAUCAAGUUCUCUGUGUGAAGUGCAAUGAAGGUUAUGGGAAAAAGGGUAAAGCAACGUGUCCAUGCUGCAGGGUUCCAAUUGAACAAAGAGUUCGAGUUUUUGGUGCUACUUCGUAGUGCUAAAUGUGAGACUUGAGAACUGCAUGAAUAGAAUAAACUUUCGUUCAUGAGGAGCUAUGUUCAUGUAAUUUUUCCUUAUCCUAUACGUGUCUGGACUACGAAUUUAACCGUAGGUCUUGGACAUGGUGGUUGGAUCAGCGUUAUACGGUGUAUGUAAUGAAGCGGCACAGCCUGGAUCAGGCUUAUGGCAUAAAUAUUCUCAUUAACAUUGUUACAGGCAA